GCGGUGAGUGUGUUCUGAUGUUUAUGUGGUGUUUAUUGUAUAAACUGACACAAGAACCCAGAUUAAGGUCUGACAGAUGCAAAAUAACUUUCUUAACUUUAGUUUAUGCUAGCUGAACAGAGUUAGAGGGCAGAUGCAGGACCGUUAUUGAACUGGAGCUGCGCUUUUGACAGUCGUUGAAUGGAGAUUCUUUUUUCCUGACCGUUUGCAAGUGACCUGCUUAAAUAAUGCUGCCGCGCAAAAGCAUCAUUCCCGAAGAUUUCGCGUUCUCCCCGGCGCUCGUGUCGCCGAUUCCCCGCAAGCCCGUGUUCAGGGACCGCGUGAACAAAGCGCGCUUCAUCGCCAAGAGCGGCGCAUGCAACUUGUCGCACAAGAACAUCCGCGAGCAGGGCAGAUUCCUGCAGGACGUGGUCACUACUUUGGUGGAUCUCAAAUGGCGUUUCACCCUGGUGAUUUUCUCCAUGACGUUCCUGUGCAGCUGGCUGCUGUUCGCUAUGUUCUGGUGGCUGGUGGCCUUUGCGCACGGAGAUCUGGACACUAACCGUAAACCUGGCGUAGAGCAGUGUUUCACUAAUGUCAACUCUUUUACAUCUGCCUUCCUCUUCUCCAUCGAGGUGCAGGUGACAAUAGGAUUUGGAGGCCGUAUGAUAACAGAGCAGUGUCCCACAGCCAUCACGGUGCUCAUAUUACAGAACAUCAUCGGCCUAAUAAUUAACGCUGUCAUGCUGGGCUGCAUCUUCAUGAAGACCGCCCAAUCCCACCGGCGCGCUGAGACCCUCAUCUUCAGCCGCUACGCCGUCAUCACCGUGCGCAACAACCGCCUGUGCUUCAUGAUCCGGGUGGGGGAUCUGCGCAAAAGCAUGAUCAUCAACGCGGUUGUGCGCCUCCAAGUGGUCCGGAAGACCACUACGCCAGAGGGCGAAAUCAUACCCAUUCACCAGAUCGACGUCCAGACAGAAAGCGCAGUUGCCGGCAACAGCAUCUUCCUGUUGGCUCCCCUGAUCAUAUGUCACGUCAUCGAUAAGGAUAGUCCUCUGUACGAUCUCUCGGCGAUGGAGUUGCAGUGUAGUGAUCUGGAGGUCAUUGUGAUCCUGGAAGGUGUGGUGGAGACCACAGGCAUCUCCACUCAGGCUCGCACCUCGUACGUGAACGAGGAGAUCCAGUGGGGCCACCGAUUCGUGCCUAUAGUGACCGAGGAAGAGGGUGUGUACUCGGUGGACUACUCAAAGUUCGGGAACACAGUCAAGGUGGCCACCCCGCGUUGCAGCGCUCGUGAGCUGGAUGAGAAGCCCUCCAUCCUCAUCCAGACGCUCCAGAAGAGUGAGUUGUCGCACCAGAACUCUUUGCGCAAGAGGAACUCCAUGCGCCGGAACAACUCUAUGCGCAAGAGCAACUCCAUGCGGCGCAACAAUUCCGCCCUCGCCGUGCCCAAAGUGCAGUUCCUCACCCCUGAGGGUGGACCAAAUCUAGCAGUCACAUGACAAAUGGCCUGGUUAGCGAUUUUCACCUGUCUUUCUUUAAGUCCUUGUCUUUCUCUUGAUCCUUGUC